AUGUUGAAGAUACUGAAAAAUUUAAAGCUCAUCUCAAGAAUCCAUGCAUGUUUGAGAAGUGAUGAGUGGAAGGGAAAUCUGGUAAAGAUGGCUACAGCAAAGCAGCAGCACAACAGGAAGAAGUUUACGAAGGAAUACAAGGUCAAGGAGAUCCAGAAGAGUAUUACAAAGAAGACCAGGCUCAGGAAAAACUACUUGAAGGCUUUGAAGGAAGAAGGAUAUGAUAUUCCAGAUAAGAAGCCAGAAUCUAAGACUAAGUUGAGUGUUAGAGAGUUGAAGCAGCAGCACACUUUGGAAGGUAAAAGGAAGAUAGAUGAAAAGAAAGAGAUCAUAAGAGAAAGGAAGAGGGCAAAGAGAGUUGAGGCAGAAGAGCGAAGGGCACAACAGUUGGAAAAUAUCAAAAUGGCUAAAGCGAAGCAGCUGGAACGUGAGAAAAGGUCUCAGAAAUUAACCCAAAAGACUAGAAGAGGUCAACCUUUAAUGGGGACCAAAAAUCGAAAAUUUGUUGGAUAG